AUGCCUCGACUGACAGCUUUCUACAUUAAACUUCAACUUCAUUUUGGUGGUGAUAUACAUGAAGUAUCUGUAUCGGCUAGUGAUGGAAUAGAACCAACUGUUGCUGAUUUAAUGAAUGUAUUAGAAACUAAUUUCCGUGUACCACGCGUAUUACAAAAUAUUGUGUUUCAUGGACAAGAAUUACAUGCACGACCAAAUGAUCCAUUAAGUCGUUUUGGUAUUAGAAAUGGAGUUCCUAUUCGAUUAGUAGGUCGAAUGGUUCCGCCGGAUAAAGUUGAUCAGCUCAACAAUUCAUACGGUAAUUACGCUUAUCAACAACCAUAUUACACUCAACCAUUAAAUACAACGACAACAUUUCCAAGUUAUACACAAUAUUUACCAUAUUAUCAUGAACAAAUAAAAGAUUUACAAAGUUCAUCAAUUGGUACUCAAUAUGAGCCGUCUCCACCUCCUGUUCAACAUAGCCAAUCGUUUCCAAUUUUCAAUCCAGGACAAACAUCAGAAAGUUCCAAUGGCGAAGAAUACAAACCAUAA